UUUAAAGACAAGGCAUUUCCUUUACAGACAUCGUACUUGUUUUUAAGUAAUACGUGAAAAUCCGUAUCGUGUUCGUUAUGUGAAUGAGAACGAGGAAGAAGAAGAAGAAGAGAAAAUUUAUAAUGGCGAUGACAACGAACAUUGACGAAACUAAUAUGGCACAAUUUCAUAAAGGUUUAUCCGAAUGGUGGAGCGAGGAAACAGAAUACGCUUUUCAAAGGAUCGAAAGGUGGACAGCUUUAGUUAGAGGAUACAAUCGAUUUAAGUCAGAAAGAUUAUCGAAGGGCCGUCAGACGAUGCUCGACGAGCGUGUAUCAAAUUGGAAUAUAACUUCGAAUAAACUUAUCAUCGAGGAUUCUUCUUUGAGUCCGUGUUUUCAUAAUUUCAAAAGAAAUCGACGUAGAUCUCAUCACGAAGAGAAAAUGAAGAUCAAUCAAAAUAAUGUUAACAGUGUUCUUGGAUAUCGAUCUAAUGAUAAUUUGGAUAGCGCUUGUUUAGCAAAUUAUAGAUACGAUCAUAGUAUUUAUUUCAAGACCAUCGGUGAAAUUAGAAAUGAUAAGAAAACUCUUAAGGAAAUUAACGAUGAUUCUAAGAAGGAAAAUUUCUUGAUCGAUGCUGAAGUAGUAGUAGAAGAAGAAGAAGAAGAAGAAGAAGAAGAAGAAGAAGAAGAAGAAGAAGAAAUUGAAGAUGAGAGUAAAGAUUAUGAACCCAGGCUCGUUUAUCAUUCAAUGGACUAUAGAUUUUAUCUCGACAAUGCUGAUUCCAGAAAUAAGUUUAAUUCCAAUCGAAAAGAUGUUAAUGUCUGGCCUAUCACUGAUUUAGCAGAUUUCGAUUUAAAUUCGAAAAUACCUAACACGGUGUAUCAUAAAAACGAAGUUAAAUCUAUGCUCGAGAUAAAUAAUAAAAAUAUGGAAAUAACAAAGGAUGGUACCGAGAAUAGAGAUGAUUAUGAGAGUGGAAUGUUUAAUCAUGAAUUGAAAAAUGAAUUCAGAAAGAGUCAGAGUGAAACUAAGGGAGGUUUGAAUUUAAAAAUGAUUAAACCCUCAGGGACAAUAAAUGGUUUUAUUGUUUGUCAAAAUAAUAAUGUUUCCUCGGGAAUACUUUUAAAUGAUACGAGAAAUGUUGUAUCUACGUACUCAUCACCGUGUUAUCGUUAAUCCAUCCAUUUAAAAUACAUAUUUAUUCAAUAUGAAAUUCAAUAUUUCCUAACGAUUUUUCCAAUAUUCAUCACAUAUGUUAUAUGAUAUCUGUUUCGCGUACGUUUUUGAGAGACUUAAUAAUUUGAAGCGAAAUAAACGUCAGGGUAGAUUAUAUUUAACUUCAUCAAUUUUACUUGGGAAUUGAGUUACUACCUUCGUAAUAUAUUCGUAAUAUGUUCGUAAUACGUACCCUUUCAUGUUGUUUCAUACCUCUUUAUGGUAUUUUUUUUUAUCAUCCUCUCCCUUUCUUUGUUUGAAUGCGUGGGCGUAUGCGUUCCGCACAAGUUGGGGAGGUUGCGCCACGCAUAGAAUGGAAGAGGGUGCGUCACGCACACAGUGUGUUAGUAUCUCUAUAUGUAAAAAUGAUUUUCUCGAAGUUGAGAAAUUUAGCUACUGAGAGGAAUUGUUCUCUCUCCUCGCCGCAAAUCAUAGUACACAAUUUGAUAAUAAAACCAUAUUAUCUUCAUUAUUAAAUGCCCGACAUUCCUUUAAAUGUCCAACAUUCCGCGGAAACGUACUUUAUCAGUCACUGAUUUUCCUUUUUUUAUUAGUACAUUUCUCUAAAAAUUUACUUCUUGUUACGCAAUUUGAAAAUACAAUAAUGAUCUUAUUAUAUUUCUAGUUAUCCAAAAAUUUCUACUAAAUUAUUUUAACUAGUUACCUCGUAGGAAAAUAUUGAAUUUCUCUAAUCGUUUAUUUUUUAUUAUUACGUAUAAUCGAGUAUAGGAGUGAUUUUAUUAUAUUUCUAGUCAUAUAAUAUUUGCGAUUAUAUAUUGGUAUUAAAAAUCGCUCGAAGCAUAAGUUAUAAGAAGAUGUAGAAAGAUAGCUUUUCAAUGAAAUGACCCUUCCUUCCAAAUGGAAUCAUUGAAAUUCUGUGUUCUACGUAGUGUACGAUGUUUCCCUCACGAAAAAUAAAUAAAGAUGAAUAAAUAAAUACUAAGAAAAGUAACAAACAA